AUGACCAUGGUCAACAGACCAGGAAUCCGCCCCAGCCAGGCUGCCAAUGCGACUGCCCACCCCUACUGGAGAGAACGCGAGCAAAGCCGAAGUGCUUCUUCGACCCAGCGCUCAACCAGUCGUCCAGGUCCAGGCUCGCCUCCAGUCCCCCCUGUCCAAUUCGAAAACACCACCCUAGUCGAAUGUGCCCUCCACAAGCUCCAAUUGCAACGGCUCGAGGAGGCACAACUACCUGUCUUCAUCUCUCCUAUGGCCAAGGAUAACCUGCAGGCCCUUGACGAGGACGUCUUCCCCCUCAGGGAGAAGGUCCAAGAGUUCUUGGCGAGUGAGCGGCAGGUCAUGUUGAUUCUUGGUGACUCGGGUGCGGGAAAGUCGACCUUCAAUCAACAUUUAGAAUACCAACUCUGGACCGUCUACCAGAACAGCGACACCAUCCCGCUCUUCAUUAACCUCCCUGCCAUCGAACGUCCCGCCAAAGAUCUGAUUGCGGAGCACCUCAGGACCAACAACUUUUCUGAGGAACAGAUCCAGGAGAUGAAACAAUAUCGCCAAUUUGUCCUCAUCUGUGAUGGGUACGACGAGAGCCAGCUCACUGUCAACCUCCACACCACCAACCUCUUCAACCGGCCUGGUCAGUGGAACGUCAAGAUGGUGAUCUCCUGCAGAACUCAAUUCCUAGGUCAAGACUACCGCAGCCGGUUCAUGCCUGAAGGGUCUAGUCACUACACCCGCCAAGCUACCGAUCUCUUCCAGGAGGCUGUGAUCGCGCCUUUUUCCAAGAAGCAGAUCGAGGACUAUGUCGAGAAGUACGUCCCCCUCGAGCCGCGGACCUGGACCACCAAGGACUACAUGGACAGGUUGACCACCAUCCCCAACCUCAUGGAUCUGGUCAAGAACCCUUUCCUUCUCUCACUGUCGCUGGAGGCGCUGCCAGGAGUUACCGAGGGCAAGCAGAAUCUGUCGGCCAUCAAGAUCACGCGUGUUCAGCUUUACGACACGUUCAUCAGACAUUGGCUGGCUGUCAAUAGCCGCCGGCUUCAACGGAGCGUCUUGUCCAAAGAGGACCGAGAUGUGCUGGAUCAACUAUUAGAGGCAGGAUUUAUUUCGAUGGGUGUUGACUACUCCACCAAGCUGGCGACGGCGAUAUUUGAGCACCAAGACGGAAACCCAGUGGUUCAGUACGUUCACAUCAAGGACAAGGAGUCAUGGAGAGCCAAGUUCUUUGGUCCUGAUCCUGAGACCCGGCUUAUGCGGGAAUCGUCGCCACUUAACCGUACAGGCAGCCAGUUUCGAUUCUUUCAUCGAUCAAUGCUUGAGUAUUUUUUUUCACUUGCUGUCUUUGAUCCUAGGAGUCACAACGGCCACGACGAAUUUGCUCCGCAGUCCGAUAUUGGAUCCACUGACGCUGCAUUGCUCGACGCCAAAGGUCUCUUGUUCAAGCGCAGCCUCCUCACCGAACCUUCGGUCAUCCAGUUCCUGUGCGAGCGAGUCAAGCAGCACCCCGAUUUCGAGAAGCAGCUCCUAGCCGUCAUCGAGCAGUCAAAGUCUGACGCCAGUACUGCUACCGCAGCCGCCAACUCCAUCACCAUCCUCGUCCAAGCUGGAAGUCGAUUCAACAAUGCCGACUUCCGUGGCAUCCGCAUCACAGGAGCUGAUCUUUCUGACGGCCAGUUCGAUUCCGCCCAGUUUCAAGGAGCCGACCUGACGAAUGUCAACUUUGCAAGGAGUUGGCUGAGGCAGGUGGAUUUCGGUGAUGCACAGAUGGAUGGCGUUCGGUUUGGGGAGCUGCCAUAUUUGAAGGAGCGUGCCCCAGUCAAUGCCUUCGCCUUUUCGCCCAAUGGGAAGAUGUUUGCUGUCUGUCUAAAUGACGGAGGACUCAUUACUUACGACACUACAACAUGGACUCGAGUUCAUCAACACAAAGAACGUAGUGAGGUGUUGACUAUCGCCUUCUCACCUGACAACCAACACCUUGCGCUUGGUAGCGAAGACAUGACUUGUCAAUUAUGGGAUACUGCCAUUGGCGAGACUUUGUUGGUCAUGGUGGGACACACAGAUUGCGUGACAUCAGUGGCAUUUUCACCCUGCGGCAAGCAGAUCGCGUCGGCCAGCGACGACAGAACGAUUCGACUGUGGGGCUCGGAGACAGGAGAGUGCUUGUUUGUCUUGAGCGGUCAUGAAGGCAUCGUUUUGAGUGUCGUGUAUUCAGCUGACGGACAGAGACUUGUCUCGGGCAGCAAAGAUGGGACGAUUCGAGUGUGGGCUCCAGAGACAGGAGCACCAGAGGCUGAUUGGAUCAUUCCCUAUGUUGGUGCUUCGCGCGUGGCUGUUUCUGCAGAUGGACGGCAGUUCGCCCUCAUAACUGGUUUGUUUAGUUCCGAGAUUGGCCUGGUGGAUGCAGUCACCGGGGAGAUGGGUCUGAUUCUCGAUGACGAUGCCGACGAGCCAAGAAAUAUCGCAUUCUCUCCAGUUGGCAAGUUGCUUAUUUCGUUAAAUAGGGAUAACACUGUUCGACUGUGGGACUCUUCGACUGGACAACUCAUCUCGAUGUUGUGGGGUCAUAGCAACCGGAUCACCACCUGUACAUUUUCCCCAGACGGCCUACAAAUCGCUUCAGGAGAUCGGAGCGGGAUUAUACGAAUCUGGGAGGUUAACACCAACCGGUCGAGUUCCAUCACACAAGGACUUAUGGCGAAAGUUCGAACUGUGGUGUACUCUCAUGACGGUCUGUCUAUAAUCUCUAACCGGACUGACGACACCAUCCAACGCUGGGAUUCUUUCACAGGAGCCUCCGGACCCAUUCCGUCAUUGUCCACAUUCGAUGUCACCUCUGUCGCGAUUUCACCGAAUGGCCAUUGGUUUGCGAUCGGUUGCAAGAACGGGAAUAUUCGGCUGCUCAACGUCCAAACCGACGUUGUUGAGCGCGUUCUCCUCGGACCUUCCGCCUACCAAGUUGUUGAUAUGAGUUUCUCGCGUUGUGGUCGAUGGUUGGUCUCAUGCAGUCUCAUGGUUACACGAUUGUGGGGUCUUGAUAGUACCGAUGAUCAAUGCAAAGUGGUGCGGGACUGGGACGUCAAUGUGAACCGCCGGAGAGCUUACGUGGCUUUCUCACCCGUCGGAUAUCAGUUUGCGGUUGGAUUGGUAACGGAUAUGAACCGCUCAUCUCGAGUUCGUCUUUUUGAUCCCCGAGCCUCAAACCUUCGCGAACCUCUGAAGGAAGUGCGUUUAUCAGACACGCUACACUCAAUGGACUACUCGCCAGACGGUCGGCGGCUCGCACUCGGUACUGGAGCCUCCUCGGUAAUGCUUUGGGACCUUCAGUCGGACAAGCCCGAUGUCAAACUGGAAGGCCACACAGGUGCGGUGUUCAGCGUCUCCUACUCUCCUUGUGGCAAGUGGAUUCUCUCUGUGGGUGAGGACAAGACGGUGCGUCUAUGGUCAGGCGAGGCCGACAGUUGGUCCUAUGUAGCAGUGGUCAGCAAGUGCUUGGAAGCCUUUACAAGCGUAACAUGGAAUCCGGUGGCGCCGAUGGAGUUUGUCACUGGUUCCGAUGAUGGAUCUGUUCGAGUGUGGCGUAUUUCAGGUGCCGAGGCAGGAAACGUCUCGGUUUAUAUGCACUGGGGCUCUCACGUCGGGGAGCUGUGUGCCGCGGAUCUGACAUUCAAGAGUGCUGUUGGUCUCAGUUCGCUGUCCCACAGGUUGUUGGUCCAGCGCGGUGCUGUUGAUGGACCGAACUCUUAA